GGGCGGUGCAGAAGCAUAGAAUGAAUAGGAGUGACCAGGAAGUGUGAACUCAGACUGGAAGGAGAACGGCAGCAGGUCCGACGGUCUUCGGUCUUCGGCUGGAGCUAACAUCUGGACAUGUGGAACCCUAAUGCUGGGCCUAAUCCAUAUCCACCCCAAGUGGUGUGCCCAGGGGGUCCCAGUCCUGCCUGUCCACCACCUGUCAAUCCUGCCUUUCCUCCUGGCCCCUGUCCUCCUGGAAUUCCCCAGGGAAACCCAGCUUUCCCUCCGUGUCAGCCUUCUUAUCCUGUCCCACGACCAGGAUGUCCAGGAUACCCACCCUCGGGCCCCUGCCCUCCCUCAUACCCACCACCUGGUCCUGGCAUGUGCCCUGUGAACCCUCUGGCUCCUGGCAUGGUAGGCCCAGGAACAGUGAUAGAUAAGAAGAUGCGGAAGAAAAUGAAGAAAGCUCAUAAAAAGAUGCACAAAAAGCACACGCAUGGGAAGCACUCCUCCUCUUCCUCCUCCUCUUCCAGCAGCGACUCUGACUGAACGCAGGGCUGGGCCCUCCUCCCCUCGAGUUUCACCAGCUCCAUUCUCCCAUCAAGCUUCAGCUGUCAUCUUGUGCUGAGGGAGACUAGCCCUCUGCGCCCUGCUCCACUCCAGUCCUGGCUGUCUAGGGUGAAGGGAAGGAGACUGCUAUGGGCAAGCAAAGCUGCCUUCACACUCUUGCUGUCAUCCUACUUGGCGAGGUCAGCAGGGGAACUGUCUUUCCAAGAUGGUGAAGACAGUGUUAAAUCUGCACCACGUGAUUCUUUUUGUUUUCUUUUGUAAUGCUUGUGCCUGGGGUCUGUGAAAAUUUAUGAUGGAAACCUGUAUUUUUGUGAUGUUGGCACAUGAGGGGAUGGAGCGGCAGGCCUGCUGACUGCAGCGGGCACUACAGAGCUACUGGGGACCAGAGUCCCCCUCCCUGAUGAGCUCUUUUAGAACCUAGUCUGUUCCUUAGUUCAAUAUGUUAUCUCAGAUGGCUCUCAGUCCAAAUAAAAGCUGCUUACCUGGC